CCUUCCUCCGGUCAAAUGGUCGGGGCCCACGGUACUGGUUUAAGAUACUGCUUGAUUAUAAUCGAUUGAAGUGUGUUUAUUGAGUCAAUUGAAGCCUGAUAAACUUUUCUUGAUUUUUGCUGCAACCUGACAUAGAUAGAAUUUGAUUAGGUUGUUAGAGCUUCUUUAAUCGGUAGUAGUGAAUUGAUUAUAUGAGAGUUAAUCGAUUCACUGUUUGUACUGGAAGCCAAUUCCAGUAGUGGAGUUCUGUGUUAAUUGCCUUAACUUUCUAUCCCGCUGAAGACUAGUCAUCUACUGGUUAGUCUGUCUAAGAGGGCUUGGUUAGCUUAAGAGAUUCCAAGCUACUGUCGGAUCUCCCGCAGUUUAAUCAACAGUAAAUCAACCUAAGGACAUUACAACUUAUACCUAACUAAGGAGCUAGGGAGACUCAUUCCCGAGUGACUCUCCCCUUGCUUUUGAAAACCGAACAACUUCUUGCUUUCUUACUGCUUUUGUUUACAAUUACUCUCACUAAACUUAGUCCCGUUAGAUAAUAGAUAAUCACGGAGUAGGCAGUAGAUCUAGACCCCAGGUUGAUAAAUUAAACUUACCACUAUUCUGCAUUUCCAUUCUGCGAUUAAACUUGGUCGCAGUUUGGUGUUGUGUCAUAGCGUGCCAUUGGCUGAGCUUAGUCAUGGCAGCGAAUGACAAUGAGAAAUAGGACGGCAGCGGACCGUGGGCUUGAAUCGUCGGGGUUGUUGUUGGGCCAAGCAAUGAGACGCGUGGGCCCCAAGCACAUAGUCAUUAAAAGCCCAUAAAUAAUCAGACUAUGCCCAAAUAGACAAGAAUACCCACUGGAGCCCAUCCGGAGGCGGUCUUCAUUGAGGCACGCAGAACCUAGAAGACCGCCCGACAUAAAGGUCUAACGGCUUCCUGACUCCCCAGUUCGGAGACUAACAUAGGUACACUCUGAAUAUGCAUUUAAUGAAUCUGGAGGCAUCCCUAGACGCCGGACAGAUCAUUAAAAGUCAUCUCUUCAGCCAAAGCUAGUAUAAAUACGCCUCAAAGGGUAGCAUUUAUGGUAACUUCCAACCACUAUUUUCUCUCUCUUAAUUACAACUAUCUACUUCUCUCUCUAACUUAAGCAUCAUAUGAGGUCCCAGGAUUCCCCUGAUGACCUUUUCUUGCAGGGUUUGGCACGACAGCCCUCGACUGGAGUUCGUACGUGAUCUGAAGAGCUUCUCCAAUAGCCUAGUACUAAUCAGGCCUAAACAAUUUGGCGCCCACCGUGGGACGAGUUCGAAACCCCGCUCAUAGGAAUGGUCGAAAACAACACUCUGAGGGAUAUAUCUCUAAGGAUCAUGAACGAGACGGAGCUAGAGGAGGUUGUCAAAAGUCAUGGACAACAAAUCGCAAGCAUGCAGUAUAGCCUCGACCAAUUACUUCACCUCUUGAAGGCAAAAAGAAGAACCUGCCAAAACCUCAAAAGGAAGACCGCGGGAGGAGAAACAGAAGGUCAUUCUCAUCCCUGACAACCCUCCUGAGAUAGAAGGCCGGGGAAUGGAGGCGGAAGAUGUGGACCUCAUCUUCGUCGAGAAACACUUAUUGUCCACAUAUGGAAAACACAAAGGUUGAACGUUCUUCAAAAUCCAUUGGCGAAAGAGUUAUUCAAAACUCCAGUACUUUCAAACUUCUCAUCUCUGGGACUACCCGCCUAUAGCGGGACUUCAGAUCCCACGAAUCAUCUUUGUAUGUUCAUGCUAAAGAUGCAACUCGUAAACGCCUUUCAUUCGAACUUAUGUUGUGCGUUUCCGGUCACCUUCAACGGUUAGUGCAGAACAUGGUACACCUCCAUCCCUGAAUGUGUGAUAAAGAACUUUGAACAGUUCGCUAUGUUGUUCUCGACGAAUUUUGUGCCUCAAUGGAGACGCAAACUCACAGUCUCAGCUUUUAUCAACUAAAGACAAAGGAAAGAGGAGUCGCUGACAGAUUUCUACAACUAGAGGAACGCAAUAGCGUACAAAAUACAAGGAAUCUCCCCGGUGGUGGCCGCGGGCAACCUCAGGAUGCCGUCAAAUAGCAUCGACCUUAAGAGGACCCUAAUUAAAAAGGAAUCCACCCUCUUGUCGUGGUUAGAGCUAGACCAAUUGGUCCGGCGAGCUAUAUUACUUGAAGAGGUGCUAACCGCCAAUGAUCAAAAUAGGCAGGCUCACCCUCAAAUCGACACUCAUGACCGAGGAGACGCUCAACGAGGAAGAAGCUCCCCAAAGUGAAAAACGUAUCGAAUUCAGUACUCUGAGCGUGAUAACAGAAAGCAAGUAUUUUCUGUUGACCGAUAACGAGGAAGAGACAAAAGAAAGGGAGGGAAAAACACGAUGCGCCUCCCAGGCAAGAACAGCAAGAUGGGAAGAAUUGGUGCGAGUGAAACCAAGUGGCCUCCCACAACACAACAAAGUGUAGAGAAUUUAGAGCCAGCCUCAAGUAUCUCGCACCGGGAGACCUCUGCAACCGCUUGGAAACCAGACGACCACAUAGAAAGCACUCCCAAGAGGCACAUGAAGGGUCAUGAAGCCCCUAGUACAACAAAGCGAGGAUGAAUAGAGAGGAGAGAUCAAGAGAUCCCUCACGGAACAAGGCACCCUCACCUCUGCGGCACUCUCCCCUUACAGGAAAUCGUGCAAUGAUGAAGACAGAAUGAUAAUUAUAAAAAUCGUCGGGGGCAGAAAGCGCACGAGGUCGGAGAGAGACCACAUCGCACAAUGCGUGAAUGUCCAUCAAAAGGUGCCAACUGACGGUGCUUGUUUGCAUUUGAGCUAGUGAGAGAGGAAAACGCAGAAGACCCACUGGUUAUUUCCUUCCGAAUCGCAAGGUUCAAGGUCACCCGUUCUAUGGUGGAUAACGUAAGUUCUGCAAACAUCCUCUUCUAUUCAACACUCAAGAGCAUGAAAAAGAGUGUCCAAUAUCUUCACCCCUCUAAUACCAGUCUGGUGGGCUUCUCCGGAAUGAAGGUGUGUGUUCUCGGGUCAAUCACACUCAAGGUCACAAUAGGCGAAGCGGGGGUCACAAAAACACGUUCAGUAGAGUUCCAUAGUCGAUUUUCCAUCUCCGUACAAUGUCAUUCUGGGACGCGAUUUCCUCACAACCGUUGAGGAGAUUCCCUCCAAGUGCCAUCAGAUGUUAAAAUUUCCCAGCGGAGGACAAACAUGAAGCGUCUGAGAAAAUAUUAUAGAGGCAAAAGAAUGCUAUCAAGCAACAAUUGAGAACCUUGAAUACGAUCUCGUCGAAGUCCGGGGGUACAUCCCUUGCCCAGAGGCAUUGGAAGGCAAUAUAGCAUUCGUGUUAGAUGUAGAGCGUCACAAAUAGACUGUACGAAUUUCAUCCCAUCGACUAAGAAGGAGGCCCAAAGGAUGCUCAUGCUUCUCCAGGAAUUUCAAUAUCUUUUUGUGUGGGGUCCAAAAGACAUGUCGGGCGUCCCACGAAAGGUCUCUGAGCAUCGGUUAUCCGUCAAACCCAAACGAAGACCUGAUACAACAGCUAAGGAGAAACCUAUCACUAGAGAAUUAAAUGGCCCUAGAGUAAAAGGUUUGACGUCUACUCAUGGUCGGCUUCAUCAGGUAAGUGAGAUACCCAACCUGGCUCUCGAAUCCCGUCUUCGUAAAGAAGGCAGGGGGUGCUUGGAGGAUGUGCAUUGACUUCACUAGUCUCAACACAGCAUGUCCCAAGGAUGCCUAUCCACUUCCCCUCAUUUACCAGCUCAUUGAAGGAAUCGUGAAUCACUCACCUUUCUGGACAUGUUCUCCAUAAACCACCAAAUUCGGAUAGAGGAAAGCGAUCAAGAGCUAACCGCAUUCAUGACCCCCAUGGGCAACUUUUGCCAAGUCGGCAUACCUUUCGGACAGAAAAAUGUUGGGGCCACCUAUCAAAGGAUGGUUGACACUUUAUUCAAAGAUCGGAUGGGAAGAAAUAUGUAGGCGUACGUGGAUGGCUUCCUAGUCAAAAGUAAAAAGGUCGGUGAUCACCUAGCCGACUUGCGCGAAACUUUCGAAAAUUUGUGGCGGCAGAAAUUGCCCCUCAACCUGCUCAAGUGCGUCUUUGGAGCGAAGGUGGGUAAAUUUUUGGUUUUCAUGAUCACCAAGAGAGGGAUCGAGGCAAACCCGAAGCAAAUAGAUUCUAUACUCAGCCUGAAGUCGCCGAGGUCGAUAAAAGAAAUUCAAGCCAUCAACCCAAAAUGGCCACCCUCAGAAGAUUCAUCAUGCGGUCCGCCGACAAAUACCCAAAAAAUCAGCGUCAAGACUACAGUGGGGUGCCGAGUACGACAAAGCAUUUGCCUUAUUAACACGCCAACUUAGUUCUCCACCAGUUCUGAGCACCCACCUCCAAGGAGAGCGACUUUAUCUUUGUCUGUCAGUUUCCAUGCAAGUUGUAAGCUUUGUUCUGGUGAGAAGAACAUAGGAUGGUUCAGACAAGUCGGUCUACUAUGUGAGCAAAGCUCUACUCCCAACAUAGACAAGGUACAUGCUUGUAGAUAAAGAGGUCUUGUCCAU